AUGGAGGAGAAAACAGUGAAGACAGAGAAGACAAUGAAGGCGGACGCUGUCUGCGGUGAAGAUGGUUUCUCGCCAUCCAAAACAAAUGUCUCGCUGUUUCACUUCACAUCAGGCUCCUCACGGGUGUUCUUACUUGUUUACGUCGAUGACAUCAUUAUGAUGGGAAACAAUUAUGUUCUAGUCAACUCUUUACUUCAACGCUGGGCUACAGCUUUCAAGAUCCGAGACCUUGGCAAACCUGGGUUCUUUUUGAGUAUUGAAACAAUUGCAGUAGAAGGUGGCCUAAUCCUCUCACAGCGGUGCCACAUAACAGAUCUGCUUAACCGUUCCAGGAUGGUAGACUGUAAGCCCCUAGCCACGUCAGCGGCUGUCACACAAGCGUCAAACGGCUUACGUCUCUCAACUUCUGCAUCCGCCGACAUUCACGCUUUUUCAGACUCCGACUGGGCUGGGUGUCCGAUUGACAGAAAGAGCACAAGUGGGUAUGCUGUCUUUUUGGGCUCAAAUCUGAUUUCUUGCCUCUCCAGGAAGCAACGCACUGUGGCUCGCUCAUUCACCGAAGCUGGGUAUAAAGCACUGGCCGAUGUCUCGGCAGAAGUCACGUGGGUUGUCUCAUUAUUACAAGAGCUUGGUUUACAAUCUGGUCAGUCGUCGACUCUCUGGUGCGACAAUCUUGAAGCGACUUAUCUCUGUGCCAAUCCAGUUUUUCACGUCAGGACUAAACAUGUCGAAAUCGAGUAUCACUUCGUCCGCGACUAG